AUGCCUCCUAAACCGAAGUCUAAAAGGACAUUCAAACUUCCCUCCACUACAAGACCUUCUUCCACUCCUUCAGAUGAACCUCCGGCCCCCUUUACGCGGCCUCCUCCAAAGCUUGAACCAUUCCUCGAAAAGCUCUCAAAAUAUCAUAUAUACAUUGCGCAUAUCGAUAAACACCCAGCGGAAUUUAAGAAGAAGAUAUUCCUCGUUCCUGUGCUUAUGAAUGUCGCAAUCAUCGCAGGACUGGCAUGGCGAGCUUCUAUUGUCUUCCCCUUUUACAUGAAAAUUUGCUUUUCGAUGAUGGGAAAUUACAACGAAACGACAAUUGACACGCAUCAGAUACCAUUGAAUGAUACAGGAUUCCAGAUCCUACGCCGGGCCUCGAGAUUUAUGAUUGAUCUACUUCUAUACGUUUUUGUAUGGCCAUGGCCUCGGGAUUUCUUUCUGGGACGAACAAUUGGGAAUCCUGUGUCAUGGAGAAUCGGGGUAGGUUUCCGUGAGAGAGAGAUCAUUGUGCGUCGGAGUAGGAAGUGGGAUCAAACGAUUGGCGAUUUCUUGAAGGAAGAUAACGAAACUGGCAAAGAAUUGAUGGCAACGAAUGUUAGAAGAGCCAUCGAGCCAUUAUGGAUGUCACAAAAGACAGGAUAUUUGAUGUUGAAUAAGGAAUGGGACUUGGACUGGAAAGCCAUAGUUCAGGCUACAAAGCUGAUAGAUAAGAAGAUUAUGGAUCUUCAAGAUUUUAAGACCACCGUCUUCGCAUGGCAUGUGACUUAUGGAUGGAUGGUUCAAACGGAAGCUCCGAUCGAUCCAAAUAGUAAGGAAGAAUUGGGAAGGAAUAAAAUCACAGCUUUCAAGGAUCAAUUAACAUUGAUGGGCAAGGAAAAUCUUUUCUUCAAAUGGAUUGAAUUGGUCCAAUAUGAGUCCUCGAAACUAGAAGGUUUUGGUCCGGAGCAACAAAAGGCCACAAUGGAGAAGGCCAAAAUAAUGUUUGAGGCACAGGGGGUUGAUUUUGAAGCGUUCUGGGAGAAGAUUGGUGGGACCGAAGGAUUACCAGGGAUGGAUUAA